AGCCCGUAUCAACUACUGUGUAAAAUUUUAAAUCAGGAAGUGCAAACGAAAUAAUUCAAACUUUUCUUAUUCAAAGUUGAUAUUUUGGAAUUUAAGGAAAUAAAUAAUAUGAUUUAUUCAAAAUAAAUCAGAAUAUUUUAACUAGUGCCUAAAUUGGAUUUUUUUAUCUUUAUGGAAUAAAAGAAAAAAGAACAAUACCUGCGUUGACUAAACGAAAACGGCAGAUAUGGCUGACAAAGAUGGACAUCAUCAUCAUAACAAUGUACGCCAAGUUCCUCGCGUUCAAUGCGAAGAGGAUAUACUGCAAUUAAAGAUGCAACAGAUGAGGAUUCUAGCGAAAGAUUGGGAUGUGGAUUUAUCAGGUUUGACAGGGGCAGAUGGCAUGCAUGACAGACUUAUUAAAUUCUGGAUAGACCGGCAAGAAGGAACAAAUAGUGGCACGACAGAGUCGGUUGAUCUUGCAAGCGCAUUCCAAGAACACAAGAAGACACGAAAAUCUCUUUACGAAAAGUAUAAGAAAGCGGAGAAACUGUAUGAGAAUUUUACAAGAAAAAUACAAUCCAACCUAGAAGAAUCCCACCAUGGCGUGCGCACAAAUUUGACUGAAAGAAAAGACUCGUUAAAGUCGGGCGAAUGUACGAUAGUUAUAGCUGGAGAGGUUGGUGCCGGCAAAACAAGUCUUCUGAACUUGAUUCUAGAGACACAGAUCUUCCCAGUCGAUUCACUCAAGUGUACCAACACUAUUCUUGAAAUACGAAGCAGUGAUAACGAAGAAGCUGUUUUCUACUGCAAACCAAAGAUAUCAGACAAUGGGAAAAAAGUCAGAAUUCCUCCAAAAUUGAUCAGCCUAAAGAGUCAGGAUGGAAUUAAACAGUUCAAAGACUGCGUGGCGGAGUGUGAUCAAUCAGAAGACAACCCUUAUGAGCGAUGUGAAGUGUCUUACCCAUUCAAAACACUCAGUAAAGGCGUGGUGGUUGUAGACACCCCAGGUAUAGAAGGUGGCAGUAAUGUGGAUCAAAGAUUACAGACAUAUCUCUCGAGAGCGUUCGGCUUUAUUUACGUCAUCAACACGAAUACUGCUGGAGGAGUUCAACAAAGCAGGCUUGGUCAUUUGCUUAAAACUGUGGUCAACGAAAGCGAAGAUUUCAGCCCAGAAGCUUCUUUAUUCAUCGGCAAUAAAUGGGAAUAUGUACCGGAAGAAGACCGCGUUGAGGUACAACAAGAUAUCUUCUACAAGCUAAAUCAGGUGUAUCCAGGGAUACGAAAAACGCAGAUACAUUAUAUGUCUGUGAAGAAGGCAUCGGAGUUUCAUCUGAAAUACAAAAGAAAGCUGCAGGAACACACACAUUUAAUGAACAAAGUUGUUCACCUUGUUCCUAACAGUCUUAGACAGGGAAUGAUUUCUCACUAUUGGUGGCUUUCUACAUUCCUGGCAAGGUCCUCGUACCUCCUGCGUGUGACAAGAGUACAGCAAGCGAUGACACGUGAGGAGCUAGACAGACAAUAUGAAAAAGUUCACAAACACGUGACCGAUUUACAGAAAAACACUGACGAAUGCAUCAGCCGCCUCCGUUUCAGGGUUGAAUAUGAAAUUAAGAGAAUAAUAACAGAAGUCCAAAAUAUUCUAGAAGACAAAACGUUUAUUGGCAGAUUAAGUAAUUGGGAAGGCAAGGAACAACGUCUGAAACCGGACAAGAAAUGGAAGAACACUGCAGAUGCUGCAGCUGUGAAAAUAUCAGAUCGAAUUUCGCGAGAACUUGAUGUCUGGCAAAAACAGAAAGGCCUUCUACACUUGAUAGAUAAUGAAAUCAUAUUAGUGUUCAGGAAAGAGCUCGGACUGAUGGACGAUCAAGUGAAAGAACUUGAAGAAUAUUUGAUGAAUAGCCAUAAAGACAACAUGAAGCAAAUGAUGCGUGUAGAACGUCCGAAAACCUUCUUCUUUAGAAAAGCGAAAAAAGUAGAGAAAACAUACUCAACGAUAGGUGGCGCGGUCAGCUGUAUGGGAAUGCUUAACACAGACAAGAGAAAAGUUCGAGAUAUAUUCAAGAUAAACUUUAAUGACACAACACAGGCUCUAAAAAUGUCAGAGGCGACUCAGCUAUAUAUAAAUACAAUACUGUCACACAAAGAAUUCAGCGGGAAACUGAGAAAAUUCUUUGACCGUUACUUUAAAGACAUUGAUGAAGCUGCGAAAAGAAUUCCUGGAUUUCUUAAGGCUGACCAGCAGCUUAUAGAGACAUUAAGGACCAGUAUUGAAGAAGACGAACGAUUGAAGAAGAAACUCCCAGAAUUAGUGAAUGAAUGUUGCGACCUUCUUGGAAAACUAGAUAUAUUCUACAUCAAUAACAUAAUGAAGUUUGACUACGAUCUGUCCGAGUUAGAAUGGAAAGAUAAAAAGGAACUUGGUAGCGGAGCAUAUGCCGAAGUAUACAAAUCCAAAUUGAAGAAAAAAGAUAGACUAGUUGCAUUGAAGGUAACCACUGAUGAAGUCAACGAAUCAAAUGUUACAGAAAUUCUGAGUGAAGACAGGACAUUGAGGGAUCUUAGGCAUGAUAAUGUUGUCAGAUAUUACGGUGCCUCGUAUGAGAAAACAUCAAAGGGUCUACACUGGAUAAUGGUCCUAGAGUUAUGUCGGACAACCCUCAAACAGAUCUAUACUGGGAGUGAAAGAAAUGAGCGGAAGAUACCUGGUUGUCUUGGGAACGAUCAUCCUCGUUAUGCUGAUGCAGCGAAGUUUGUGCUCGACCAUGCCCACCAAAUCUGUCUUGGCCUAGAAUACAUUCAUGAAAAAGGAUACACACAUAGGGACAUGAAACUAGAAAAUGUGCUGGUAACAGACGAUAAUGUCAUCAAGAUUACAGAUGUUGGCGUGACCAAAGUUACAAAAAUGCUGUCGCAGACUGAAAGGGGUUCUCCAGCGUAUAUGGCUCCUGAAGUCCUCCUCUCAGAUAGGGCCCAAACAAACAAGCUGGAUAUCUACAGUUUCUCAAUCAUGUUCUGGGAAAUGUGGUUUGGAAAAGACAUAGCAGACGAGAUAGCGACUAAAUGUUUCGCCUACGGUAUCAACGGCAAUGCAAUGGACGAGCUGAAAUAUCAUAUUGCAAAAACUGACGGCUGGAGGCCCUCACUGAGUUCACCUAAACGUCCACCAGAUUUGAUACUAGAUGUUUUGAAAAGGGGAUGGUCCUUUAAUCCCGAGAUGAGACCAAGUGCGAAAGACUUUGGAAACACAAUUAAUCAUGUACUUAAAAACGUUCUAUAGACAAAAUGUUUAAUUACCAUACUAACCAAUGGAUGAGGGUAACAAAAUUGUAUUGCCUGUUGCAUUAUUAUUCGGUGAUUCAAAAUUAUC